UUGAUUUUAAUUGUUUUAUUUUAUUACUUGAUUUAAUUUUACAAUAACAAUUAAAUUUACUUUUUGAUCAGUUAAUUGCGUGAUUAAUAACAACAAUCAAUCACCGUUAUCUUCAGGCUCUUGUUGAAUUUGAAAUUAAUUAAAAAGAGUAAGAUAGUAAAUGAUUUACUCGCAACAAUUAAGCUGAGGAUUAACAAAAAAAUUAAUUAAUUUCCAUGGAAACGUCAGUCAGUAUCCUUUGAUUGCUUCUGAAAUCACUUAUUACAAUUAAACCUAAAUUAUUUAAAAUCUUUGAUCAUCUACAAUUAGUUAAAUUGUAAUUCUAGUUAUGGAGAUGAAAGUAACUUAUCAUUGAUCAGUUAUACAGUUAAUUGUAUAUUCUAAUGAGUGAUUUAGUUGAUUAAUCGAUUAAUGGUCAUUCAAGAAUUUUGUAAUUUCGGUUAACAAUUUAUUCUUUACGGAAACAAUUUAAACUGAAUGAAGUUAAAUUGGGAAAAGUAUUUACUCUUUAAGAGUAAAAUGUCUGCUGGAAAUAUUUACACUUCCAUUUGGUCACUACAAAUGGUCAGUUUCACUUGGUUCUAUUUCGCCAUUUUGUUCAUUAUAUUUGAGAUUCACGAUCGUUGGACACAAUUUAGUUUGGAGGAUUCUGGUGAAUCGGAAGAAGAUGCUUGUUCCCUUCCGGGGAACCAAGUUAAGGUUAAACGUUGGUACACAAUUAGAUUACGAAGUGACCUGAUUGACCCUUCAUAUCCGGUGGACAAUUCGUCUUCUAUUCAUGUUAAAUUUUUCUACUUUAGAGAGAAAUUGGGACAAUUUAUUUUACCAAUUAAUUCACUUCGUAAAUACGGUCAAACUUAUACUAAUCAACAAGGGAAUAAAUAUUUAGUCAUCUUAAUCCAUUGGAAUACGUUUGCUAAUCUAAUCAAUAUUGACGAGAUUCGUAUCGCUCAUUCAAGUGACCCGGAAUCACCUGAGAUCUAUUUACAUGAUCUUGAUGUUCGAGAAGCCGAAUUGAAGAUUCGUAUUCAUUGUCCGAUUCGAAGGUCACUCAAAGCUUUUCCUUUUGUUCCUGGUUCGACAAUCUCUUUAACGCCAAUUAAAGGUGAUCCCGAAAGUCCAAAUGAUUUUCGUUCUCCUUAUGAAAAGAUCAACACAUCCGAAGUGAUCAUCUUAAUGUUUGUCCAGUCAAAUGUGACCCAAGCGAUUAUCCUUUGGUUACCAAUAACCUUACCAAACACUAGUCCAAAAGACGAAACUGCUUUUAUUUUUGGUUUGAUUUUCUACUCGAUAACAACAUUCGGCGCGAUUGUGGUCGCUUGUUAUUACCAAAUAGUGAAAAUUAAAUUGUCACCAUUAAAAUCAACCAGAUUGAAAAGAUUUCGUAAACUUUUCAUCAUAACGAGUUGUCUUAUCUCAUCCCUGUUCCUGCUUGUUGAAUCAAUUUUAGCCACAAAGUAUCCACCAUUUAAUAUUAAAUUUUGGAUCAUUUUUGCUUUAACUGGACACGCACUUCAAGCACUGGUCAUCUAUUUUGUCUAUUAUUGGUAUAAGGGGAUAUUUAGUUUAGAAUUGACCGGAAAAGAAAAGACUACAAGAUUCCUUUGGUUCCGUUUCAAAACAAAUCAUCCUGGAUAA